UAGUUUUUGAAUAAAAUUGCCGCUAAAAUUUAGGUAUUGUCACAGGACCUUAACGUUAUCAAUGUUAUCAUUUAAUACGAAUGCAACGUCACUUUUAUAUCCGUUAUUGAAUGUAUUCACGUUCUAUAAAGGUAAUGUACGAUAACAAAUUGCAUUACUCCUUCACAUUGUGCCAAACUUGGACUUCAACAAAAAUGAACUCUAUAUUCACAACAAUCGUUUUGCUCGUUACUUUUUCGGCUUCGCUUUCCAUAUUACAUACACGGCCAGAAGAUGCUAAAUUGAAUUUCACUGAGCUUGGAAUGAAAUAUGGACAUUCCGUCGAAGAACACGAUGUAGUCACUGAAGAUGGAUAUAUUUUAACUUUAUUCCAUAUUCCCGGGAUCAGAGAUGGACCUGUACUUCUUAUGCAUGGCAUUUUAGACUCCGCUGAUACUUUUAUCAUAAGAGGGAAGCUUUCUUUAGUCAUUACAAUGGCCGAUAAAGGGUAUGACGUAUGGGCUGGAAAUACAAGAGGCAACAAGUAUGGUCGGAAACAUAAGUAUCUUGAUCCUGACACCGACGCAGAGUUUUGGGACUUCAGUUUUCAAGAAGCUGGUUACUAUGAUCUAGCCGCAACAGUUGACUUCGUUCUAGAUACGACUGGUGGAAAGAGCAUAAGAACGAUAGGACAUUCUCAAGGCACGUCAGCACAUUUUGUUUUAUUAUCAACAAGACCGGAAUAUAACAAGAAAAUUAAAGGAUUCAUUGCCUUAGCGCCUAUCGCAUUCCUUAAUCACUUAAUCCCUCCAGUAACAACUGUCACUAAGGUAGGACCACUCAUAAACAAGUUUCUGAAAUCAUUAGGAAUAGAAGAGCUGUUACGAGAUCGAUCCGCAGCUAGUGAACUUAUCGAAUUGAUAUGCAGCCAAGGGAUUAUUAGCUACGAUCUCUGCUUUAUACUUGCCGUUUCACCAUUUGCUGGCUUCGAUCCUAAAAGAAUUGAGCCUGAUUUUUGGGAGGUUAUCACAGGACACUACCCGGCAGCUAGUAGUCGAAAAAGUCUUGUGCACUUUGAUCAAAUUGCUCUGGGUAAAAGAUUUGCUAACUACGAUUUUGGACCUUUACAAAAUUUCCGACGGUACAAACUUUUGGUUGCCCCUAGUUACAAUUUAGGGAAAGUCACAACAAAAAUAUCAUUGAUUGUUGGCCAAAACGAUGCAUUAUCGAGGGUAAAAGAUGUAGAUAUUCUAAAAUCGUUACUCCCUAGAGAGCCUAAAUACCAUUUAAUGGAACCAAUACUAUGGAACCAUCUUGACUUUGUAUGGGCUAAUGAUAUGGAUGUAUAUUUAUAUCCGUAUAUAUUCUCGUCAUUAGAAGACUUCGAAUAACGCGGACAUGUUAGAUA